GCUUCAGGCAACCCUGGGGAGGACAGGGUCGAGGGUAAAAAUCACUGGCGAGGGCCUGAGCUGUGAAGGGCAUGGAGGGGUACUGUGGCACCGAGGGCGACCAGGCAUCUGAGACCUCAUCCUUUGUAGAGGAUGAGGAAGAAGAGGAAGAGGAGGAGGAGGAAGAGGAAGAAGAGGAGGAGGCGGCGGCGGCUGUGGACCUGGAGGAAGCAGAGGAGCUGACUAACAGUUUAAAAGAUCUUAUUCAAAGUCAAGAUGUGAAACCCAAGCUGCAGUACAUCAUGACUAACCCUUCCUUUUCUAUGGUAACAGUUCAAAGUGAAGAUAGUGGGAUAACCUGGGAAACCAGCUCGAGCAGAUCUUCUACUCCCUGGGCUUCAGAAACUAGUACAACUUCUGAUCUUUACAGCAUGGAAAGUUCACCAGUCGGUUCUCCUCCAGGAAAAGUUAUCUUUAUUAUGGAUGAAGGUAAGAUUGUUCGGAAAAGGAAACGUAAACCUUCAAAUAGAGUGUCAAUGGCUACAAACCUGAAGGGAGGCCAGGGCAAUAAGAAACGUGACUCUUCUGGACUGCAGAGGCAAGAACCAAGAACUGUUCUAGGAGAUGUGCAGGGAUCCAUGUUGAAUGUUGAACAAGUGGAAACACAAGAUACAGAAGAGGAAAUGUUGGACGAGAAAGAAGAUCUAGAGAACAUCGCAGAAAAGCCAGUAAAACGUGCUCCAAUAAGAUCAAUAUUUAGAGAAAGCAGAUUGAGAAAAGUAGGGCCAAUCCUUGGAGGACCAGUACAAGCUAGAAUCCAGCUGUUCAACUCAAUUUUUGGAGGAACUGAGCCAGCCCCUGAAACAUUGGAGAAAACCAGAAUCCAGAGAAGCAGCUCAGUUUCAGGAGACUCUGAACAGUACUUUGAAACAUCUGUAAAAGAAAGAUUGCAGAAGUACAGUUCACUUUCAGAAGCAACAUAUCCAAAACCUUUCCAGAGAGCAAGAAGUAGAAAUGUCGAAACACCAUCGGAGAGAAGAAGGGAGCAAAGACAGCAACCAACAGCACAUGCAAAUCAAAGCUAUUCUUCACCAGCAACACCUCUUGAAAAACAGCUUACUAAUAAAGAUGAAAGUAUUAAACCCAUUAAAAAGAAAGAUAAACCAAGCAGAUUUUCAAGCUUUGGUGAAGAAACAGCUCUUCAACCUGAAGAAAGAAAAGACAGGCAAUCUCUUUUGGAGAUUCCAAAUCAAGUAUCAGGACAGUCACUGAAGUCUUGGCCUCCUGAGGAAGCCAAGAAGCAGCAAAGUUAUUCACCUGUAGCCAAAACUUCAGUAACAGAGCCAUCAGCCUCCAUUUCGUUAGCAUCCGUUGCUAAAUCAGAGAAACAAGUGUUGCUUUGUUCAGCUGAAACUGCAAACAAGAAGACAGACCAAUCCCUGCUGACACCAUCAGAUAUUCUGGAUGAACCGAUGGAGCAGGAAAUUCAGCCCAGUUCUGCACCACAGUCUGUUUCAGCAGAUUUUAUUAAUGAAUUAGGUAGACAAAGUACUCAACCUAUUUUGCCUACAGCAUCCAUGUCAGAACAUCCUGAGAGGGAAAAACAGAAGCCUGCAGUUCAGUCUUACUUACCUAGUGCUCCAUCAGCUGAAUCCAUCUAUUCCACUCUAUCUGAAACAAGACAGGAGGAUAUAAUUUCUCAGUCAUCAGAAACGGUACAAUAUGAGUCUGAACAUGUGCUAUUAUCAUAUGCUGUAGAUGAAACAGAGAAGCAAGAAACUGAGUGUCAUUCAUCAGCAACGGCAUGGUUAGAAACCAAGUAUUCAGGUUUAUUGUAUUCUGCUAAAAAAAAAGAGAGUCAAAAGACCCCACCACCAGAAAUGCAAACUGUUCACUUAAAGAAGCAAACAGUAUCCGAGGAGCAAGGAGUUAAACUAAAUUUACCUAUUCCUGAAAAGAUAGAUUCUAAAUAUGUUGGCAUUUCAUAUCCUGUUCACACAGAAACACAGGAAACUCAGAAAACUUCAGCUGUAAAUAAAGGAGUAGAUUUGGAUCACCCUGAUUUUUCCCUCGAAAAAGCCAAACAAGUAAAGAGUGCACAAAUAGAGAUGGAGCGUCCAGAUUUCUCAUAUUAUAGCAAAGAAAUUGAGGAAUCAGAGGGAACACAGCUGGAAACAGAACAUCUAGACUUCUCUUUUUCCAAGGAACAAACAGAGGAAUCGGACAGUGCACAGUUGGAGAUGGAGCAUCCAUACCCUUCUUUUUCCAGGGAAGAAAUGGAGGAAUCUGAAAAUUCAAAACUGGAGACAGAACGUCCAGAUUUCUCAUAUUCCAGGGAAGAAACAGAGGAAGCAGAGAGUGCAAAACUGGAGGCAGAAUACCCAGAAUUGCUUUUUUCCACAAAAGAAUUAGAGGCAUUGGAGAGUACCGAAGUGGAGACAGAGCACCCAGAUUUCUUGUAUUCCAUGGAAGAAACAAAGAAAUCAGAGAGUGCCCACCUGGAUACAGACCACCCAGAUUUUUUUUCCAAGGAAGAAACAGAAGAAUUAGAGAGUACAGAGCUGGAGAUGGCACAUCCAGACUUUUAUUUUUACAGGAAAGAAGCAGAGGAAUCGGAGAGUGCCCAACUGGAGACAGACCACCCAGAUUUCUCAUACUCCAGAGAAGAAAUGGUGGAAUCAAAGACUGCAGAGCUGGAGAUGGCACAUCCAGACUGUUCUUUUUCCAAGGAAGAAACAGAGGAAUCAGAAAGUGCACAGCUGGAGAUAGAACAUCAGGAGUUUUUAUUUUCCAGUGAAGAAACAGAAGAACAAAAAUCUGUUCCUUUUGAACAGGAACAGCCAGAGUCUUAUUUCGCUGAAGAAGCAGAGCAAGAAGAAACAGCACAGUUUGCACUGGUACCUUCAGCUUUCUCAUGUUUGAUGGAAGAAUCAGAUAAAGAAAACACUACAGAACUCCAGUUGGUACAUGCAGGUAUAUCUGAUUUCACCAGAAGUGCUGAGACACAGCAAACUGGGUGUCUGGAAACAGCACGCUCAGAUUUACCAUAUCUCACAAAUAAAACAAAGCAGCAAGAAUUGGCACAAGUAGAUGUGGACAAUUCUCUUACAUCCUAUUUUGGUGACAAAGGAGAAUGGCCACAGCCUGUACAGCAGGAUUCACAUCCUGGAGGUAAGCUGUAUUCCUGUGCCAAGGGAUUGCAAGGAGAAACUACUCGACUGCAGUCAGAGCAUCCAGUUCUGUCAUAUUCUACUGGAAAAGAACAGCAACAUAAAACCUCACAGCUAAGGACAGAACAGCCAGAGAUGACACAUUCUACUUGCAAAACAGAAGAACAGGAAAUAUUGCAACCAAACCUGGAAGAAGCAGAUUUGCCAUAUUCCCAUGGAGAAACAGCACAAGAAGCUGUACAAAAAGACUUAAAAGGUCCAGAGCCAUCAUGUUUCAUUAGUGCCGUAGAGCAACAUGAAAAUGUACAACUAGCUUCAGAAACUAGGGAUUUCUCAUUUACUGCUGGAGAAGUAAUGCAAGAAGGGGUGGAGUCAGGAUCUUUGGGUUCCUCACAUUUGACUGACAGAGCAAAGACCUGGGAAAUGACAGAAUUGGAGCAGGAGCAGUCACUUCCCUCCUGUUCCACUGCUGGUAGUCAGGAACAGGAAACCACACCAGUGGAUGUGGCCCAGCCAGAUGUGUCGUGUUCCUUUGGCAGAAUGGAACAACAAGAUAUAGUACAAAGAGAGCUAGAACAGCAGGAAACAGCCCAAGAUAAAGCUAUACAAAUGGAAAGGGAGUAUUCAGAUUUGCCAGAAACCCGGGGGAAAGAACUGCCACAGGUCAUAGACCAAAUUAGUUUGUCACAGCAAGAAACAGCUCAACCAAACCUAGUGCAUCUGUCUUUGCCACAUCUGCUCAGCGAACAAAUGCAAGAAGAAAUGCAAACAGAGACAGCAUAUCCAGAACAGACAUUCUAUGUAAGUACAGAAAUGCAGGAGGAAAUGACACAACACAAAUCAGAACAACCAUUUCUUUCAAGUUUCACUGGCAAAACAGAGCAACAAGAAAUAGUACAUCCAGAGCUGGAGCAAACAUUUUUGCCAUCUUCCAGCAGAAAAGAAGUUCUACCGGAAAUGGAAGUGUGUUCAGAAUAUCCAGACAGAUCAUACUCCUUUAACGAAGCUGUACAACAAAAAAAGUUGAAACAUCCAACCUUACCGUUUCGUGUGAAGCAACAAGAAACUGCACCACUGGUGAUGGAACAUGCAGAUUUUUCAUGUGACAGUGGUGAAACAAAAUCAGGUGACACCACAAAGCAGGGGUCAGGACAUCCAGAGCUCUCAUACUCCAUGGGAGAAACACAAGGACAGUCAGAACAUUUGGAUUCACCAGGAACCCUGGGUGAAGCAGCACAAGAUGGAAGUAUGGAAAUGGAAUCUAAAUACUCAAAUUUGACAUGUUCUGAUGGCCAAAACACCCAGCAAGAGACUUCACAAUUGGAUUCAAAAUAUCCAGAUUUAUCACUUUCCUUUCAUAAAGCCAAAGAACAAGCAACACAAGGGUUAGAGUCUAAAUAUCAAGAAUUGCCUAAGAUGGCCAGAAAAAGAGCUUUUACAGCAACAGAACAAAUAGAGUCAAAACAUCCAGAUUUGACAUAUUCCCUUGGCAAAGCAAAUGAGCCAGAAAUUGCACCAGGGGAAAUGAAGCAUCCUGAUUUGUCAUGUUUCACUGAUGAGACAAACCAACAAGAAGUCGUAGUGUUGGUUCAGAAACACAGAAAAAUUUCUGUUGGCAGAGAAAAGCAGAAGCAAACCACAAAACAGCAGUUCAAGCAAGAAAAGUUACCAUGUUCUCCUAGUAAAACAGAGCAAUUAAAACAUGCCCAGGACUUGGAACAACCAGAUGUAAUAUUUUCCACUGAGAGGCCAGAUGAUGAAAUGGCCCCACCAGAGGCAGGGCAGGCUGAUGUGAUAUAUUCUCUGGACAACACAGAGGCACGACAAAGAGUAGGACGCGAAUCAGAGCAAAUAGAUUUAGCUUACCCCUGUGGAAAAGUGGAACAGAAAAUGGUUCAGCCAGAAGUGGAAAUUCCACAUUUGACCCAUGCUGUGGGUAUGGCAGAAGAAGAAGAAAUGGCAGAACCAGAGCAGGGACAUCCUGACUUGCCUUAUUCCAUUUCUGAAGCAGAAGGACUGCAGACAGCACAGCUGAAACCUGAACACCCUAGUCUAGCACUUGACAAAGUGCAAGAAGUGACCCAGCUGGGGUUGGAACAGGUGGAGGCAUUGUAUGUUUGUGACAAAAUAGAGCAGCUCCCACCUGCCCAGCUGGAGCUGGGCCACACAGACUUGGAAUCCCCUGCUGAUGAAAUGGGGCAGCGAGGGAAGGAGCACAUAGCCUUGGGAUGCCCUGAUAAGGGACAGUCUGUCAACAGAGCAGAGCAUCCACAAGCUGCAAAAGAGAAACUAGGAGCUCCAGAUGUAUCACCUCAUAGUGGAAAAGCAGAGCAAAGAGAAAUGGCAGAACCAGAUCCAAAGCAUCCUCAUUUGUCAUAUUCCAUUGAUAAAACACAGAUACAAGAAACUACACAACUGGGGUUAGGAGAACAAGAUCUGUCAUCUUGGCCUGGCAAAACAAAGCGAGCACAAACUGCUCAAGAGGAGCAGCCAGGCUUCCUGUGUCCCUUCAAAAAAUCUGCACAAGGAGAGAAAGCACAGCCAGAAUUGGGACAUUCACAGCUGUCUUAUUCUGUUAGUGAGGCAGAACAAAAAACUUCACAUGUGAACUCAAACUGUUCAGAUUUAUCUGCUGGAGGGUUAGAACAUCAUGAAACUAUACAAACAGAGGCAGAGAUGAUGGAUUUAUCAUGUUCAGUUGGUGACACACAGCAACCUCAAAUGGCUGAAGUGGAUUUGGAGUAUCCAGAUUCACUGCAUUUCACUGCCAUGGUACAGCGAGAGAAGAUUCAACCAGAGCAGGAAGAACCAGGUGAUUUUUCAUCAUCUCUCAGCAAAGAAGAGCAAUGGGAAGGUGCAGCAAUGCAGGCAGAACACCCUGAGCUGUGGUGCUGUAUGGGGAAAACAGGAGGACUGCAAAAUUCCCAAGGAAAAUCAGAAAAUGCAGAUUUGUCAUUCUCUGUUGGCACAGCAGAACCUCAUAGAACAACACAACCAGAGCUAAAAAAACAAGAUUUGCUGCAUUCUUUUGUCAAAACAAAACAAUCAUGGGCUGCCUCACUGGAGGCUGAACACCCUGAUGUCUCAGAUGCCAUGAGCAAAGUACCACACUUUGAUUUGUCCUCUUCUGUUAGUAAAGAAAAGCGAAGUGCACAACUAGAGGUCAAACAGGAGAGGGGAAGCUAUACGUUACACCCAGAGGAAACAGUACAACUGAAACUGGAACAGCCCAUGUUGUCAAGUUCUUGUGGCACAGCACAGCUACCAAAAAGGGCUCCACUGGAAGGGGAAUUCCCAGACUUCUUGUAUUCCUCUGGCAAAAAAGAGCAACAAGAAAUGGCAAAACAAGUGUUGGAACGUUCAGAUUUAGCAUAUUCCACUGACAAAACAGAGCAACAAGAAACCACACAACUUGGUUUAGGACAACCAGAUUUAUCAUCUUGCCCUGGAAAGACAGAACAACCACAAACAAUUCACGUGGAAACAGAGCAUCAGGACUUGCUACAUUUCACUGGCAAAACAGAACAGCGAGGAACAGUGCAACCAGAGUUUGAACAUCCAGGUUUGUUGUAUUCCAGUGACAAAGUAAAGCAGCCACCAGCUACUCAAGGGAAAUCAGAGCAGCCUGUAACACCCCAUCCCAUUGGAAAAACAGAUCAACAAGGAAUGGCACAUCCAGAGCAGGAACUUCCAUAUUUAUCAUAUUCCAUUUGCAAAACAUUGUCACAAGAAGCAGCACAAAUAGACUUAAAGCAACAAGAUUUAACACAUGGCCUUGGUAAAACAGAUGAAAUGCAAACCGUGCAAGGUCAACUGGAACAUACAGGUUUGAUGUAUUCUUCUGGCAAAAGAGAACAGCAAAUGGUAUUGCCAGAGCUGCAACAUCCACAGCUAUCUUACCCAGUCAGAGAAAUAGAAGAGGAAGUUACACAUCAGAAAUCAGACCAUCCAGAUUUGUCAUUUUCUAUUGGUCAGCAAGAGCACCAUGAAACUGAACAAUCAGAGGUAGAAGAAAUAGAUUUAUCCUAUCCAGCUGGGAAGUCAGAACACUCACAAUCUGCCCAAAAAAUACUACAACAGCCAGAGCUUUUGGAGUCCUUCAGCAAACUAGAGGAAAAGGGAACAGCCCAGCCUGGCUUUUUGCACUCCCUUGGUGAAGAAAAACAGGAACCAGCUUCACCAUUAGACUUAGUACAACCAGGUCUAUCACAUUCACUUGGCAAAACAGAAAAACAGGAAACUGCACAAGCAGAGUUCAUGCCUUCUGAUUUUUCAUAUUCCACGGGAAAAGCAGAGCAGUUGCAAAUGGAACAAGUAAAAUCAAAAUGUCCAGAUUUAUCAUAUUCUCUUGGCAAAGCAGAGACUCAUGGAAUGAAACCACCAGAUUUAUUGUACUCCUAUGGCAAAUCAGAGCAACCACAGACUGCCCAGCUGGAGUUUCCAGAGAUGAAAUGUUUCACGGAUGAAAUGGAGCAAAGGGAUGGGGCCCAACCUGAACUGCAGUGCAUUAAUUUGCAGUACUCUCUAGUUGAAACAGAGCAACCAGAAACACCUUCUGUAUCAUACACCUUUGGCAAGACUGAGGAGCAGGGAACUGCACAACCUGACUUGGAACAAUCAGAUUUAUUAAGUCCUAAUGACAAACCAGAAAACCAUGACACAACGCUGCUGAGAGCAGGGUAUUCAGAGAUGCAAGACACUGAGGCUACUUCAUCUCUAACUGCUCAGUUGGAAACUAAACAAGAUUUAUCCUUUUCCACUGAGGAAGCAGAGAGGCAACCUUAUUCAUCUCUUACUGAACAAACAGUGUCUGUACCUUUUGGUGUUUCACAUUCUGUCUCUGAAACAAAACCAGAAGGAAGUCCAAAGUCUUCACCUGUAACUGGAGGCCUGUCCCCCAAGCACUUAGAUUUAUCUUACACCCACUGUAAAACAGAGCAGUCAGAAACUGCCCAGCCUGCAUCAGGUUUCUUCUCUGGAAGAAAAGAAGCAGAGAAUUCAAUAAUUCAUCUACAUUUGCCUGUGGCUGCACAGUCAGAGGCUGAACAUGUAAUUUUACCUGAAACAGAGAGAGAACAGACUCCACAUUACAGCCACACAGCUACGCGAUUAGAAACUGAACAAUUAAAUUUAUCAUAUUCUACACAUAAAGCAGAAACUCUAGAAAGUCAAGAUUAUUUAACUGUAUCUUCAAAACUGCAGUCUGACCCUUCAGUUCCAUUUUAUUCAGCUGACGAAACAUGUCAGCAAGAAAUUCCACCUUACUCAAAAACAGCCUCUGAGUAUUUGGUUCCCACAUGGUCCCUUGCUGAACAAGAAAGGCAAAGCAUGCAGCCACUUAUUCCCCAGUCUGCAAAAUCAGAGUGUACACAUGUAAUUCCACCACAUGAUGAAAAAGAAUUGCAAAAAAAUCAGCUCUAUUCACCUAAAUCAGAAGGCAUGAAGACAGUACAGUUGGAAAGUAUGUCUCUAACACACAUACAAGACCAAGACAAGCAAGAAUAUGAAGAUUGUUUGUUGGACCCAAAAUGUUUGUCAUCAGCGCAGCUAAGAAGUCCCCCCAAAUUCACUACUGAGCAGAAUAAGCAAGAAAUGCAACCUGAUGUGCAGACAGUGCCAAGGUCAGUGACCACAGAGUCAAAGGUGACUGCUGCAGCAGACCGACAAGCAGUGUUAUCAGAUUCAUUUGUACCUUUUCAUAUGUUACCUGAAAAGUCAGUAUCGGUGGUUCUCAAUGAUGAUGAAGAGAAACAAAAUAUUCCAUCAUCUUUAUCUGAUGUAGUAGGCAUGCUUGGAAAGCAGCCUAGCAUAGCUUCAAGCAUUUAUACUGAAGGAGAAGAUAGAUGUGAAAUGCAACCAUAUUUUGCAGACCAAAAUCAUACAUCCUUAGAGCAUCUGGGAGCUGUUUCAUCAGAUCUUGUUUAUGAAACUGUUAAGCACAAGAUUCGGCAUUAUUCUGGUGAACAGGGCAGCUUUUCUUCAGUAGAGAUGAGGUCCAUUAGCUCUAGUUCUGAUGAAAAGCAGAAUCCAGAUAUUCCAUCUUUUGGGCUAGCUAGCUGGCUGGCAGAAGAGGUGAAAGCCCGCUCAAUUAGUCCAAUAAGAGCUACAGAAAUAGACAUGCAAGGAAUUGAACUUUCUCCAAAUGAAACUUCUGGUUUUGGAUCAAAACAAUUCCCACCUGCAAGUUGCACAGAACUUAGAGUUCAUGAUGCUACAAGGAAUAAAGGAGGUAUGUUUAGAGUUUCUGAUUCAGCGUCGAGUGAAAUUUCCCACAGAGUGUCCUCAAAAACUAGUCACAGACCACAAAGGCAUGUUUUACCAUCUCUGGGAGGAGAUAAUCCAGGUCCAGACAAAGUUCCAGAUCAUGAAACUGGGAUUGGAAACCCCACAAAAAAGGAAGCAAUGCAACAUCCAGAGGUAGACAAAGUGCCUGAAGUGCCUGAGCAUUACCUGGGAGAAGAGGAAGAAAUGGAACAUGCAAGUGGAGAAGACAGUCAGCAUGCUCCAGAGCCUACUGAACAAAAAGAUCUAUUUAAUAUAAUUUCAGAAGGUUAUGAAAUACUCAAUAUUCAUGCUCCUACACAUAUUUCUUCUGUUGAUCAAGAAGAAAGUAAACACAUGCCAGAUAAACUAGAAUACUUGGAAACAAAUCCGUCAUUUAAAAGAAAAUUAGCUGAUGAUGGCCAUACAACCCUAGCUUCUGGAACAACCACAGAAAUUUCUGAAAGCUUGGGAAAGUCUGAAAGCCAAGAACAAAAAGAAUUGGUCAAAAAUGAUGAUGUUGAGGAAACUGAAGUAACACAACAAGAAAAUCCCAUGUUGCCAGAAAACAAUAAUAAUGCACUGGAUCCUAAUAAUGGUAUGGCCGAUAUGGAUUAUUUUGAAAAAUAUACAUUGAUAGAUGAUAAAUCCCCAAUUAAGCCACAUUUUGAGAGACCAAGUUCAUUGUUUCCUGUUACAGAAGAUCCCAAUGAACCUGUGGAAGAAGCUACGUCUUUUAAAGAAAGUGCUGAGGUGGAUACUUUGGAAGAGGAGUUUUCCUUACUAGAGGAUCUGGAUGAAGUCUUCUAUGGUACUGUGAAAGGAGAAAGCAAAAUGCAGUCCUAUGCAGAUGCUCCAAAACCUUUACCUCUGCAGAAAUCAAUUGAUAUUAGCAGUAAAAAGGUUACAAAUGUAGAAGAUGAACGGAAGUCACCAGGGACCCCACUCUUUGAUUCAGAAGAAGGAGUGCUAGAACGAUCUCUGUUGUUUCCUACCACUGUUGCUACAGUAAAUCCUGAACUUCUAGAGGAACCACCUGCUCUGUCGUUUCUAUACAAGGAUCUCUAUGCAGAAGCAGUAGGAGAAAAGACAAAGGAUGAGACUCCUUCUGAUGAGGAAAGUGGUAAUUCUAAUGCGUCUUUCCCUAGCAGAAAUUCAGACACAGAUGAUGGAACAGGAAUAUAUUUUGAAAAAUAUAUUCUUAAAGAUGAAAUUCCAAGAAAGGCCAUAGGGCCUCAGAAGGAUCAGAUACCAGAGGAUGAGUCCUUUAGUGGAGGAAUUUCAUUUCAGAGUUCAGAGGACAAACAUAAGCAGGGGUCUGGAGAUAUUAAACAUGGAAGAACUGAGGUUCUGGCAGAAAGGGGAGUUGUGGAGAGAGAGAAAGUCCAGGUUGACAGUGACAUUCAAGCAAAAAUUUUUAAACCAAUGCAUGCCAUUCCUUUUGGAAGCAAAGUAAUUCUUUCAGGUGCAAGAAGUGAUACCACUGAACAAAGAGAAGAAGAAAAUGUACCUGUAGAAACAACUGAGGAGUUGCCAGAGCAAUCAAGUCAUCAAGCAUUGUAUAGUCAACUAGUGGAUUUUCAGGGAGCUGCAUAUCAAGAAGCUAGUAAUAAGCAGGAAGAACAGCAUGAAAUAACAGCAAUUCCUGAAACGCCAAAUUAUGUCUCAUAUAUCCAGACUCCUGUUGAAGACAGCGAAGAUGAUCAGUAUACCCAGGAAAAUCUUUCACGUGUCCCUAUCACUCAGCAAACAGAGAAGCCAGACUUGCAAAGAGAGGAGCAACACCCUGAUGUUUAUGAAGAUCUUGCUGAGUCAAUGGACUACGAUGUGAUUACACAAGAAGAACUUUUGCAAGAUGAAAUAUCAUCUCAAUUCACCCAUGAGGAGCUAUUAUUUGAAGACAAGGACUCUUUUGAGCAUGUUGGUGAUAGUUAUGAAUUUGUAAAUGAGCCAGAGCAAAGAACACCUGUUGAGCUUGAAGAUUCAGGCUUCAUGGUGAUGUAUCCUGAAAAAUCAGCAACAAACAUUCCUCAAGUUGAGAGCCCACAAAGAGAACUGAAGAAAAUGCAAGCAGACACAUAUUGUUACCACUGCAAAUGUCCAAUAUCUGCUAUUGACAAGCUUUUUGGAGAACAUAAAGACCAUGAAGUCACAACACUAGAUGAUGCUGCAACCAAGAUGAAGGAUCACUUAGGUGAAUUGCUAAAAUCACUGGAAGAAAAGUCAAUGAAGAUUGAAGAGUUUGUGAGUGAUAUUGAAUUGCUAUUUAACUCUGUUGAGGAAAACUGUAAGAAAAAUGCAGAGUUAUUGGAAAAGCAGAAUGAAGAGUUGCUUAAGAAAGUGAUAAUGCAAUAUGAUGAGAAAUCAGAGAACUUCGAAGAAGUGAAGAAGAUGAAAAUGGAAUAUUUGUAUGAGCAGAUGGUUAACUUCCAGCAAACUGUUGAUUCAGCAAAGGAAACUUUGGAAACAACAGUAAAAGAAAUGGAAGAACUUGAUGGAUUUGUUUUCCUAAAUUCAUCUAAAGAAUUGAAUAAAAGGUUACUUUCUGCCAUGGAUACUACUCUCUCUUUAGAAAAGGUUCCCAGUGCUUUUUCACUGUUUGAGCACUACGCGGACAGUCCAGGACAAAGCAACGUGCACUCCUUAAGGGUGGCUGUCCCACAGACACCAACUGUUGUACCUCAGGAACCAAAUUCGGCCACCAGCACCUCCAUUGCUGUUUACUGGGCUGUGAGUGACGGCGAUGUCAUCAACUGCUUCCAGGUCUACUGUAUGGAGGAGCCACAAGCCAGCAAAGACACAGGCGCUUUGGUGGAAGAGUACCGAGUGACUGUGAAGGAGACCCACUGCAUUUUGGAGGACCUGGACCCAGAUCACUGCUACAGUGUGUGGGUCAUGGCUGUGAAUGGUACAGGCUGUAGCUUACCCAGUGAAAAAGCCAUUUUUAAAACGGCGCCUGCUGUCCCCACCAUCAAGGCCGAGGACUGCACUGUGUGUUGGGACACGGCCACCGUCCGCUGGUGCAUCAGCUCAGCAUUGGUGGAGUCCUUCACCUUGGAGUACUGCCGACAGCACUCACCAGAAGGAGAAGGUCUCAGAUCUUUUGCUGGUAUAAAGAGACCUGAACUGAAAGUAUCCCUGGAACCCAAUGUGAACUAUUUCUUCUACUUGAGGGCUGUCAACCCAUUUGGGACAAGUGAACAAAGUGAAGCAGCUCUCAUCUCAACUAAAGGAACUCGAUUUCACCUGCUGAGUGACACAGCCCAUCCCGCUUUGCAAAUCUCCUCCAAUGCAAUGGUGAUAUGCCUUCCUGAGAAAGCCAAAUUCACUGGGUUUCCUUCAGUCCUGGGUGAGCUGCUACCUGCUCGGGGAUGUCAUUACUGGGAAACUGUUGUCUCUGCCUGCAGAAGCUACAGGAUUGGGAUUUGCUAUGAAGCGCCAUCACAGAGCAGCAUUCUGGGGCUGAAUGAUACCUCCUGGUGCAUGUGGUGCUGUCCUACACAAACCAGCUUUCUUUUCAGAUUUCUUCACACUGGUGUGAUGAGUGAUGUCUGUGUGACGGAACACCCGGCCAGGAUUGGCAUCCUGUUGGAUUACAGUGGUGGCAGACUGUUGUUCUUCAAUGCAGAGAGAGGACUGGUGCUGUUCGCCAUCAGGCACAAAUUCACUGAUGCUGCUCACCCAGUCUUUGCCCUGGAGAAGGCUGGAGUGCUUACCCUGCGCACAGGCAUGGAGCUGCCAGAGUUCGUGAAGCACAGCUAAUUCCUUGCUUCGCACUCUCAGGAAAAUUGACAAUUACAGCAUCAAGGGACAGGGAGGGGAAGGGUGUAUCAGGGAGGGAUGUCUAGUCUUCACUGAUGAAUGCCACUCACAGAGCUCUCCCUCACAUCAUCAGUAAUUGUAGUUAGUGCUCAGCCACAUAAUCACCCUGAGCCUGGAGAGAAAAUCAACUCCUUCAGAUACAAUGUGCACCAAGGGAUAUACACAGCAGUGCUUUUGAGGGGGGAAAAAAGUUUUGUUAGGUAUGAACUUUAAAGGGGGGAAAUGUACUUUCCCUGUGAAAAUAAUGACCGUGCUGUCUUUUUAAAGUUGAUGAUGAGCCUGUGUAUAAAAUAAAUGCAUCUCUCACUGCAAAAUAUGAAA